AUGGGAUCUAUCACUCCACCUUUUUCUUCUCUGCCGCGAUCGUCCGAGUCAUACUUUUCCACGCGUGGCCAGAGUGCCCUUGACCAGGGCCGCAAGAGAAUAACAUGGGACGUCAUCAGCGACAUGUGGCACCCCCAGAGGAAUCCUUCAGGAAUCCUCUCCAUUGGAAUGGCCGAGAAUACGUUGUUACAUGACACAUUGCUCGAAUAUAUCCACGCCAAUAUUCGUCUCUCAGCCGAACACCUUACCUACAACAAUGGAAGCAUGGGCUCCCACGCCCUUCGAAAGGCUGUGUCUCAUUUUCUAAACAGACAGUUCAAACCCUUCCGACCCAUCGAGCCUUCCCACGUGCUGGUCACAAAUGGAUGCUCCUCGGCGAUCGAACACCUGAGCUGGACUUUCCUGAACCCGGGAGAUGCUGUCCUCCUCGCGAUGCCGUAUUAUAGUACCUUCAUUGCCGACCUUUCGCUCCGACCAGAGGCAGUGGUCGUACCCGUCCAUCUGGCAGGUUUUCAGGAUCCCCUGGAUCCAAAAACAAUCGACAAAUACGAGGAAGCCGCGGUAGAAUUUGAAGCCUGCACAGGGAAGAAAGUGCGGGCUGUCAUGCUCUGCAAUCCGCACAACCCGCUGGGUCGGGCACGAGGAAUGCACUUGAUCAGCGAUGAAAUCUACGCGCUGUCAGUUUGGAACAACCGCGUAGACAACCCCGACAAUGUCCCAUUUACGUCCUUUGAAUCUGUACUAUCGAGAGAUACGACAAACCUCAUCGACCCUAGUCUCGUACAUGUACUAUGGGGAAUGAGCAAGGAUUUUGGUGCCAACGGCCUUCGAGUUGGUGCCGUCAUCUCACAAUCAAGCCCCGACUUUCACAUCGCCCAAAAAUGCCUAUCCCUUUACUCAUUUGUGUCCAGCUUGUCAGACCAGAUCACUACCUCAAUUCUUAUGGACGAUACCUUCACCAACAAUUAUAUCAAGAUGAAUCGGGAGAAACUGUCCGAGUGUCAUGAGUUUCUCGCUCUGCUCCUCGAUAAACACCGGAUUGAGUAUAUGCACGGGUGUAAUGCUGGGUUCUUUUUAUGGGUGAAUCUGGGCAAGAGGUACCUCGAGGCCCAUCCUGACGAACAAAAAGUCGGACAGAGAGAGGGACAAGAUGAAUGGGGAACGAAGCUCACGGAUGUUAUAUUCCAGAAACUACUGGACAAUAAGGUAUAUGUGGCUCAUGGAACUGCUUACGGAUCGGAAAAGCCAGGAUGGUUCAGGUUGGUGUUCUCACAUCCUCUUCCUUGGCUGGAGGAGGCUAUGGCACGAAUUAUCCGUGCUAUUACACAAUGA